AUGAUCUCACCCCCUCCCCUCCAGCGAGACAUCCGAAGCGUGGGUGAGUCCCAUGGUCACAUCCGAGGAAGCAGUCCAGUACAGAGAAUCAAUCUUUGGACGGACAAUUCUCCUGCCAACCCUCGCAACUGGCCUGCGUGGAAGAAGAAUGCUCAAAUUAUUAUGUACAAUAUAUCGGUGCCAGAAACCAGAUAUCUCACAUCUGUGCAAAUAUUGCUUCUAGGCGUUGCCCCGCUCUUCUGGAAACCCAUCACAUCCAUCUACGGACGAUACCAUAUCUUCAUGUUCUCAGUCCUUGGAAGCAUGGCAUGCAAUAUUGGUGGUGCUCGAUGCACCACAUAUGGGUCUCAAAUGGCCACGCGAGUGCUCACGGCUGUUAUUAUAUCGCCACCCAUGGGAAUAGGCAGCGGUGUAAUCACGGAGCUGUGUGAACCAGAAAUGCGAGGCCAGAAGCUAGGAUGGUGGACGCUCAUGCUGGCCCUUGGGAUCUCGGGUGGUCCGUUGAUCAUGGGAUUCGUCACCCAGCGCGUCGGAGUCGCGUGGAUAUAUUGGGUUUUCGCCGUGAUGAACUUUGGGCAGUUCGUGGCCUAUCUGUUGUAUAUCGCAGCUGAUGGCGAGACUGCGGGAUCCAAUGUGGCCCCUCCUGGUUUCUUUCGAAGGCUCAUCCCCCGCAGAAUCAGUCCGUAUCCUCUGCGAGCUCGUGAUUUUGUUGAGCCUCUCUUCGAUACACGCUUCUCCAGGGUACUCAUUCCGGCAUGCGCUCACACGAUAGUGUUUUGCUACGGAAAUAUUGCCUUGGUUGUCGAGAUGCACACGGCCUUUGGAAAGAAAUUUCAUUUUGGUCCACAGCAGAAUGGGUUGCAAUUCAUUGCCAUCAUGAUUGGAGGUCUGCUGGGGGAGCAGUUGAGCGGGCGCACGUCGGACUGGUUCUUGCAAACCCUGCACAAGAAGAGAGGGUAUCAUCGACCGGCUGACCGGCUGUGGCUCUCUGAUAUUGGUUUUGGAACCGUGAUCGCCGGCCUGCUUGUGUGGGGAUUCCAAUUGCAAAAGGCUACCACCUGGAAUGUGACCCCAUGCAUCGGUGCGGCAAUCGCAAGGCUUGGCAACCAAAUCAUAACAACCAUCCUUAUUUCGUUCGCCGUUGACAGCUAUAAGGAAGCGUCAACCAAUGUUGGCGUGUGUAUCAAUUUCUUCCGCCAUGUUUAUGGAUCUGUAACAGGCGUCAUGUGCGCUAUCGUAGGCGCCUGUGCAUUGCCUUUGAUUAUUGCCAUACAGUUUGUUGCAACCCGCCUAAGUCAUUGA